UUCUAGGGAUUUUUGACUCUAAGGAUUUGGGCUUCUAGGGAUUUGGAACUUUAGGUAUUUACUACUCUAGGGAUUUCAAUGUUUAAAAAAUAAAAAAUUUGAGAAUAUAAAAUUUUGAAAUUUGGUAAUUUAGUUUAGGAAUUUACAAACCUAAAUAUUUAGAAAUUUAGAACGUUGUUUAUCUCACAAGAUCUUUCAAUCUCUAUUUAUCUAUCAACAAAAUUCAAAAGAUCAAUUACCAAAAUCAAUAUCAAAUCAUUUUCACAAUGGAACUAAAUUGUAAAGAGUAUCCAAUAUUCCACAAACACCACUCACAUAUUAAUUACAUCUCGUAACUGUUAUAUCACCACAGUAACAGAAGAAUAACUCAUCUAAGCAAGAAUCGAUUCGAGAAUGCCAAACGAACGCAAGCAACUGAACGCAUCGCACAGCCCCACCACUGAAGUUCUCCUUCUCCCAGUUAACCACACAAUCGUCUACAAUUACCGCGAUCCGUGACACCGCAAUCGUGUCAUGAUUCGCUUGAUCGAAACACAAUACGCGAUGUCGAACUUUCAUUAAUAUCGCAUGAGCGACCUAUAGAUUUUCAACCCUUCAAUAACUGAACCCUUUCGCCCCUGGAAUAUGAUGCCGCAAUCUACACCUGCCAGCGAACGAUUAAUCCAUACGUUUCGCGAAAUAUCGAAUGUCCACUGUUUUAACUGCACAACUGUUUGAACAAUCCUUUUCGCGCUGAGGACUUCGACUUGAAACAUGUUGCAGGAAAAUGGGCCAUGCAGCAACGUGUACAACAUUCCUUAUUGCAAAAUGCUGAGGAAAUAUUUGUUACUUUUUGGACAGGACCCGUAUCAAGGUAAUGGGACUCGUAACGUUAUUACAGUUGUGAUGGUGCUUGGUUUACUUGGCGUUAUUGUUCCUACGUCAAUUGAAGUGUACGUUUCGCUGCUGGAAAAAGACAUGGACGCCGUCAUCGAAUGCAUGCCGCACUUAAUCGCCGCCAUAACAACCAUCGUCAAAAUACUAAACGGUCAUCUGAACAAAGAAAAUUUUCGAAGAUUGUAUCAACUGAUGAUAGAAGAAUGGGAAUUAUUGGAAAUGAACAACGAAGUGGAUGUCCUUGAUAAAAUUACUGAACAAGGAAGUAAAAUUGCUCAAUUGUACAGGAGUACACUAUUGGGAGCCCUAGGAAUAUUCUUAAUGAUUCCAUUGAUCGCCCCUCUUCUGGACGUCGUUUUACCUUUAAACGAAACCCGACCACGACAGCAAUUGUUCAAAGUGAAUUACGUGGUGUUCGAUGAGAGGGAUUACUUCUUUCCCGUGUAUUUUCAAUUGGCUAUAGGCGCGUUCAUUAUAGUGACGGGUAUAAUCACCAUCGACUCCUUGUACAUGGUCAUCAUUCAUUAUAACAGUGGAAUGUUUGCUGUGUGCGGGUACCAGGUGCAGAAGGCAACGAAAUGCUACGACAUGAACAGCGAUAGAACUACAGUAGCAGAGGACGACUGUCAACGCUUCAAACGCUGUGUGCUCACGCAUCACAAGGCUCUCCAGUUUUACGAGAUACUGAAGGAGAACAGCACGAACAGUUAUUUACUACAAAUCGGCUUCAACAUGAUUGGUAUAAGCGUCACAGCCGUUCAGACGGUAUUGAACCUGGAUUCCGAUAAAACAGAAGAGGCGGUUAGAACCGCAGUAUUUCUCGGCGCUGAACAAUUUCACCUGUUCGUCAUUAGUCUACCUGGACAAGUGCUCAUAGAUCAUUGUUCAGAACUCGUAGUUCACCUGUACUGUUCUACUUGGCAUCAGGCACCCAUAAAAAUUCAAAGGAUGAUAUAUCUCAUGCAAAUAAGGGCCAGCAAACUGUGCAUACUAACAGCCGGUGGAUUGUAUCAAAUAAAUAUGGAGAACUUUGCAUCGGCAUUCAGAAUGUGUAUGUCGUACAUCACAAUGCUGCUGUCGGUGAGGGAGUGAUUCAUCGUUGCUCAUGUUGCAUUUGUGACCUGAAUUUAGACCAAUUAUAAAAAUUUAUAAAAAUACUAUGGGUUAUUUCUGUAGUAGAGUGUAUAU